AGGCGGGGAGCGGUGCCGGAAGUACUCGGGGAGGGCCGAGCAGUCGGACCGGCUGCUGAGACGAACGCUUCACUGGGGCAGUCUCCGCAUAUCAUGGGGAGAUAGACGCUGCUGCCUCAUGGAACUUGAACUCACGACCCCGAGAUCAAGAAUCUCAUGCUCUUCCAACUGAGCCAGGCAGGCACCCCUGGAUUCUUUCAUUCAGCUUAAUAUUUUCUUGAUUGGCCUUGGUCCUCACAGCUCCAAAAAGAAACAGGAUCUCGAUAAGCUCUAUGAGCUGAAGUCCAAAGCUCGGCAGAUUAUGAACCAGUUUGGCCCCUCAGCCCUAAUCAACCUCUCCAAUUUCUCAUCCAUAAAACCGGAACCAGCCAGCACCCCUCCACAAGGCUCCAUGGCCAAUAGCACUACAGUGGUAAAGAUACCGGGCACUCCUGGGACAGGAGGGCGUCUCAGCCCUGAAAACAAUCAGGUAUUAACCAAGAAGAAAUUGCAAGACUUAGUAAGAGAAGUGGACCCUAAUGAGCAAUUGGAUGAAGAUGUGGAGGAGAUGCUGCUGCAGAUUGCUGAUGAUUUUAUCGAGAGUGUGGUGACAGCAGCCUGCCAGCUUGCUCGGCAUCGCAAGUCCAGCACCCUGGAGGUGAAGGAUGUCCAACUGCAUCUCGAACGCCAGUGGAACAUGUGGAUCCCAGGAUUUGGCUCUGAAGAAAUCCGACCCUACAAAAAGGCUUGCACCACAGAGGCCCACAAACAGAGAAUGGCAUUGAUCCGGAAAACAACGAAGAAAUAACACACGGAAAGGUCAGGGAAUGGACAACAAUGUAUUUGGAGAUACUUGAGCUGAGACCUCAGCCAUCUCAUCCUUGGAUUUUUUUUUUAAUGCUUUACAGAGAAGCAUAUAUUUUUUAUUAACAGUGCAGCAAUAUCUAUAAUGACUGAGAGGAUCUGCCAAAAGAAUAAAGCCUCCUACCCCAACUUCCAGUCCCUUUUCCCUGCCGUCUCAAAGAAGAACAAUGUAUCUUCCAGAGAAGAUUUUAUUUGUGGUUUAUUAUAUAAGUGAUUGAAUAUGGGACAAAACAUUAUGGUUUUGUUUGGUGAGACAGUAUUAGCAGGAUUUGUAGAGGUUUUUGUCCUUCUCCCUUCCCCUUUUCCCUGUACUUUGUAAUGUCAGUGUUUAUAUGAAUAUGACUUUCAUUUGCUUUUCCAGAAUAAAGAAGUUAUUAAUCGAAA